UCACCUUCGCAUGGGGCUGAGUGGAUAAGUGUUGCAAGGUAGCAGUGAUCAGCAGGAGCAGCUGGAUUUAGGGUCUCAUCUCUUUCGGCUCUAAUUGGCAGCACGACGGCGGCACUCCGGAUCCUGUCUGCAGCGCUCUGAGGAGAGAUCAUGGUGUCUUGAAGAGUCGGAGGGAAAAAAAGAUUGUUAAGUCUACCACAAUGGACCAUGAACGUAAAAGGAAGUUGACAUUCUUCACCAUUGGACUCAUUUUUCUUUUUAGCGGCGUAGAAUAUGCUGUUAUAUUACCCACAAUAUGGAGGUAUCUGCAGGCUUUGGAGGCUGCUCCUUAUUUCCUGGGUUUGGCCCUGUCAGCGUUCAGUCUGAGCGGGCUUCUGUCAGGACCGCUGUUUGGAUACUGGUCUGACAGGACACGGACAACGAAGAAAAUUAUUUUACUUUCGAACUUUUUUGAAAUAAUCGGUAAUUUUCUAUACUUUAUGGGCUACUCCAAGUGGCUUAUACUGUCAAGUAGGCUGGUAGCAGGCAUCGGUACAGGCGCUGGCUCAUCAAUCUUUGGCUUCCUGACCAGAAGCACCUCUUCAGAGGACCGGGCCACUGUUUUUGCUGCAGUCAUGGCUUGUCGACAGGCUGGCCUUCUGAUUGGUCCGGCUUUUAACAUCUUUCUGAGACUCUGUGACUUCCGUCUUGGUCCUUUUGUUGUCAACAAAUAUACUGCACCAGGGCUCUUUAUGUUUGUGUUGUGGAUUCUCCUCCAACUGGCGGUGGUUUUCCUGUACUGGGACUUGCCCCCAGUGGACAGGAAGAAGACUUUAAGCACUUCACAACACAGUGGAGAAGAGGGCGUCGAUGGGUUUGGCGAAGACGAGGAGGACGUCGAGGCGGAGAUAAAGCCGCUAAUGACCUCCCAGGAGCUUGUGGGCUCCUACGGCUCUGUGAUGACAUCCAGCCUGUGCAAAAAACACAGAGCGGCUGCCUGCAACAUCUCGCCCGAUCACAUUCAUUCUCCACUUCAAUCUCCCAUGUCAUCAUCGAGCCAAGAGCUCCACGAACCCUGCAGACACUUCAGCUUGUGCCAAGAGUUCCUGAGAGAAGAAGUGGUCGUGCUGCUGGCUGCUCAGUUCAUCACCCUCUUCAAUCAGACAGCGCUGGAGACUAUGGUGACCCCCUUAACCCAAAAAUAUUUCAACUUCGAAGAACUGGAAAACAGCGUGAUGUACUGCCUCGGCGGUGUGGUGGUGAUCGCCGGCUUCCUGUUCGUGCGGUGGAUGAGCCGGCAUUUUAAAGAACGGGUGGUCCUUGCCAUCGGUCUGGGCAUUUGCAACAUCUCCUGUAUCUGGUGCCUCGUCUUUCUGGCUAACCCAUUUGGUGGUUUUGCAUGGAAGCUCACGGAGUUCAUCAUCGGGGUUUUUCUGCAGGUGAUUGGUUUACCUUUUGUAGCUGUGGCCCAGGUCUCCCUCUUCUCCAAAGUUACUUCUGAAAGAAGUCAGGGCUUCAGUCAGGGAGUACGUCGCUCAGUGGGGGGUCUAGCCACCAUCCUAGGCCCUCUCUGGGCAGGUGGUCUGACUGAAAACAUGUACAUAAUGAUGGGUGUAAUGGCGGGACUGCUGGUUCUGCUUACGAUUAUGCUGGCUUUCUCAUACAAACGGCUGGUGGAGCCUACAGUGGAGGACAUGGAAAGUUCCCACGUCUGUGGCUAAAACUGCAUUUGUAAGAGCACGGUGUAAGGUUCUUUUCCUGUAACUUUAGUCUGAGUUGGGACCAGUUCAUAAGGUGACAACAUCCCACUGAAGACAACAUUAACAGCUCGCCGGCUACAACCUGGAUUUUAGUGGUUGUCCAUCUGAAGAGUGGUUGUCUGACAAAGAGAUCUCAGUGUAUUUUUUUACAGCAUGUUUCCCAUGGAAAUGUAAAGCCAUGCUGACAAUGUAUGUACAUCUGUUGGAUGAAAUUGCUUCCAUUAAAGGGACUCAUAAGGUCCUCUGCUGCACCCUGCUCACUCUUCAGCAGACGAGAUGUAAUAUGCAUUCUGUAUUCUAAUAAACAUGCAUAGUUGCUGUGGAAGUAAACUGAUUAAUUUCAGCACUGAUUCAAGUUAAUUUAUAGAACUAGUAUUUUAGCUGUGCUAACUUCCAAGAUUAAAGCUAAAUUAUUCAACCAUAGUUAAUUUUAUUUGGAUUUAUGUUUAUGUAUUUAAAUUUUCCACAGUAUGGCUUCUGAGUGAAUAUUUAAUCAGUGGUCUGUCUGAGGGAAUCAGUGUCUAGAAAUAAGUAAUUUCCCAGAAAGUGCGCACUUGCACAGAGUUCUAUCAGGGCAAAUGUAAUGUAUGAAAACAUCACUUUCACUGUUUUUACAUUAUUUGGUCUUGUGCAAAUAAUGUUUUGGGGAUUGGUGGUUGUUGUACACUCAUGACUAUUUUAACUUCAAAGAACCUGGUUUUACAGAUAGGAAACAGUUGUUUAUAAUUAUUUUUCACAUUUUUUGUUGACCUGCACUAAACGUGUUCUUUUUUUCUUUUUUUUUUGCAUUAGGAAUUCUGUUCAAUUAGAAAUACUACAGCAAGCUAAUAAACACAACAGUUCUCUAUAAUGAAUCAAAGCAAUUUCUUUCAAGUAAUCUUUCACUUUAUAAAGCCUCAUAGCAUUCUGUUUCGCCUAAAAAUAUUGAAAGCUGGGACGAUCCGACUGUCAAACUUAAAAACUGUUAUGCAGAGUGUUGCUUCAGAUCGGCCUGAUUUAAAUCCCUCAAAAUAGAAAAUAAACUUCAUUUGUGGAAAGAUCCGUGGCCAUAAUUGUCACAUAGGUGAUAACCUGAUUAAACAUUGUUUAUGUAAAUUUCAAGUGUUAUUUAUACAUGGUUUUAUAGUCAUGGUUCUAUUAACAAACCGUAGUAAAAUAAACAUGCUAUCUGCAUCAUUUUAAGCAUUUGUUCUGGCAGAAAAAAAAGACAAGAAGCAAAAUUUUAACCAAUUGUAUGAUUCUGUGAAACUUAUUAAUUUAUGUCACUAAUAUUACAUAUGUUACUUUGUAAGUGUGAGCUGUAACUCUUGUUUGGCUAGUUUAGAAUGUGCUGAAUUAAAAUUUCUUUUAAGUACA